UAAGUCUCCUUUGAUAAUUCGUUAUGUUCCUUCCGUUGGUGAAUACGCCAGUCAUAGGCCCGUAGGGUUCGACGAGCGUCUUCGUAGGUUUAGGAUGCCAUCGACCCGGUGGGGGGAUCGUUUGAAGGAAUUUUAUUUUUCGAACUUAGGAGAUUACCUAGGUCGGUCCCGGAUGGGCUCCGGCCCUCCGGAACCUAUUCCCUUAGGUCCUUCAGCUUACAUAACGUCCAGCUGGUUCCGGCCCUCGGACAGUUAUCUCGGAGAUGACGCUGCCAGCCUUAAAGUUCAGGACUUUGCUAGGGCCGAAUUAGGAAGUUCGGGUAGGAGUAGUUUAUUUGUUGUAUCUUGUAUAAGUGGUUCCUCACGGACAUCUAACACUUGCUUAUUUUGUGAAACAGGUGUCUCCAUGGAUGCCAUUUUGGAACAGCUUGCCGGAGUUCAUACUCCCGUGGCUCCUCCGGCCUUUACCUCUUCCCCCCCGGCCCCUUCCCUGAAGGUUUCUUCCAGCGCUCCCCCCGACACUAUUGACUUAGUGGAUGACGAGGAGGUGCUUCCGGGAGAAGGCCAAGGGAAGCAGUGGGACUUCUCGGAGGAAGUUGCUGAUGGUACGGGAGAGCCCCGAGCCCUUCCGGAGGAAGCUGAGGAAGGCGAAGAGGAGCCUGAGGUGGCUCUGAUUCGUAAGCGCAAGGGCAAAAUGAUUGCCCAGGAUGAGCCCAAGAAGCCUCGGAGAGCCGACACUCCUGCUCAUGGUCUUGACGGCGGGGUUUCCCCCAUGGACGAAAAUCCUGCUCCUCCCAACAUCGUGCUUACCCCGGUUCCGGGGGACGAGGUGAGGCAAGAGCUUCGGAUAGCCAAGCAUAACUAUGCUAUGGACGAGUACUCCCGGGGGUACGCCGAAGUGGAAGCCCUUAGGAGGAUUCUGCGGGCGGAGGUUGAGGCGAGCAUCAACCACCCGGAGUACCAGGAUCCGUGGGACCUUAAUCUGGACCCCUUAUCGGACUGGUUCCGUCGCUUCCUAGGGCCCACCUUGGCUCCUUUUGCCGCGGAGAUGACCGGCGAGUUCGCUUCUCAGCUCACUCGAUGCGCGCCUAAGCGGUUCGCCACUUGUGCUUCCCUGAACUCCAUCUUCCAGGUCCAGGACCUCAGUCAUUCUCUCACGGUGCUUGCUGCUGAGGCUGGCCGCCUCUCCAAGAACAUCAUAAAUCAUGGCUUCGUUCUGUCCGACUUUGGGGACAUGAACGAUGUCAGGAAGGUCCUUCAGGACCUCACAGCGGAGAGGCAGAUCUACCAGGAAGCUGCCGAGCGCCAGGAGGCGGCUGCCAAGGCCAAGGAAGAGGAGGCCAAACGGAGGGAGGCUCAGGCGGAAGCCAUGAUCCGGGACGAGGCCCAGCGGAGGGACAGGAUGGAGGCCCAGCACCAGGAGGAACUGAGGGCUCAAAGCGAGGCUGCUGAUAAGGCCAGGCGAGACCUCCGGGAGGCCAGGGAGGCUUUGGAUGAAAUGGUCGCCAAGGUGAGAUCUUUAGAGGAAACUCACCAGGCGAACAUAGAGUCCAAGGCCGCUCUAGCUGCGGAGCUGAAGGAGCUUAGGGACUUCAAAGAACAAUCCAUCAAGAAGGCCAAAAGAGCCGAGCUCCUCUCUCCUGUUUCCUGCGCCCGGUGUCCGAAGCGCUUUGACGAUGGAGUCUACAUGGCUUGAUCCACCAACGACCAAAAUAUCAAGCUUACUUUUUAUCUCAAACCC